CGCUCGUUUACCCCAUUCCUCUACCUCUACAAAGAGUCUCCUAUAAUACAGACCUUCGAAUCCCUUGCAGAGAUGUCCGUACACUCAGACACCAUCCCUACAUCUCCUCGCUCACUCGCAGAGAAGCCGAGAGCGAUGGAGAAUGACGACACCUUAUCCCCGACUAAUAUGCUCAAAGAUAACCAACAUCUCCAUACUAGGCGGUCUAUGUCAAAGGAUAUCAUCCUCAUCGCCACUGUUACGCUUGCCAUGCUCCUCAACACGGCCAACUUGGGUGCCGCGGCCAUAUCGCUUCCAACCAUUGGCAGGGACCUCAACAUCUCCGAGGCCAAGCUACAGUGGAUCAUCUCCGCCUACUCCCUCAGCUCAGGUUGUCUUCUUCUGUUCCUAGGGCGGCUCGCCGACCUGUUUGGUCGCAAGAUCGUCUUCAUCGGCGGCUGCGCGUGCAUGGCCAUAUUUGGCCUCGGUUGCGGGUUCGCCCAGAAUUCUAUCACCAUUUACAUCUUGCGUGGACUCCAAGGCCUCGGUCCUGCAGCCUCCGUGCCGGCGGCUCUCGGCAUUCUUGCUCAUACUUUCCCUCCUUCACCUAUCCGGUCUAUAGCUUUCGCCACCUUCUCUGCCGGCGCUCCCGUUGGCGCGGCAGUAGGGCUCGCCAUCGGUGGUGUCCUAACGCAACUGACGGCCCAGAGUUGGCGCUCGACAUUCUGGUUUCUUACCGGUCUGAGCGCUCUAUGCUGCUUAGGUGGACUCAUCUCUAUCGAAGCAGAUGUCCCUUACGCGCUCCCGGAUAAGCGUAUAGACUGGCUCGGAGCCUUCCUCAUCACCGCUGGUCUCGUAUUCGUGGUUUUUGCCCUCAGCGACGGCCCUAUCGCACCUGAUGGCUGGAAGACUGGAUAUAUUAUUGCACUCCUCAUCGUCGGCGUGUUCCUCAUUGUGCUCUUCGUCCUCUGGGAACGCCUGCUCGAACGACUGCAUGCGCAGGGCGGAGAAGUCAGCCAGAGGUGGUGGACGCCGCCUCCGUUGAUGCCUGUGUCGAUCUGGGGGCGGGCAAACGGCAAGCUGGCGGCGAUGCUCAUUGUUGCUUUCGUCAGCUGGUGUAGUUUCAAUUCGUUCACGUUCUGGGUCCAGCUGUACUACCAGGACUACGUCGGCUUGAGCCCGAUCCUCACCAUGGUCCGGCUCUUGCCCAUGGCGAUUACGGGCGUGUUGUGCAAUGUGAUCAUCGCCGUCGUUGUCGGUCGCGCACCCUUAGUCUUCCUUGUCGGCGUCGGCACGCUCUUGACUGGAACCGCAAACCUCCUCUUCGCCGUGAUUGUCCCCUCCGCGCCAUACUGGGCCUUCGGCUUCCCCGCCGCCAUCAUCGGCGUAUUCGGCGCAGACUUUGUCUUCUCAACGGGUACACUCUUCAUUGCACGCGUCUGUCUGCCUCACGAGCAGAGCGUCGGGGGCGCUCUCUUCCAGACGCUCACCCAGCUGGGCACAGCGUUCGGCUUGGCCAUCAGCACGGUCGUUUUCAAUGCGACGCAGAAGAAUCAGGCGGAGAGCUUGGGGGUGACGUUGAAUCAAGGGGGGACGAACGCGCCGAAGUCAGCGCAGUUGACGGCGUACAAGGAUGCUAUGUGGAGCGGGUUCGCAUUCGGGCUUUUCGGUUUCCUGCUUACUGUUCUAUUCCUACGUGGGGUUGGUCCCGUCGGGCACCGGAAAGCGGACAGCGACGACGAGAGUGAGAAGACAGCGCUCGAGCCGGCAGACCGCGGUUCAGGCGCGAUCAACAUGUCUGAUUAGGACGAUCGACUAGGACGAUCCUGCUUGCUCCCCAAAAUGAUUUGCUCGGGUUUCUAUGCAGGAGAAUAUGUUUCCGCUGUCUGUCGUAUGUACGGCCCGCGUUCCCUAUCAUGACAUGCUCCCCCAUAAGCUGAAGAACCACACACAUCCCGCUGCGUGCGUUCCCUCCACAUGCGGCGACAUAGCGCAACUACGCCGUAUCGCCAAUUCCCUCGCCCUUACCUAGCAGGGCCGCUUGGACAGCCGCCUGGCGAGGUGAUGAACCCAUCUAGAUCUUCACGAGGAAGGGAGGCAAGGACGAGGCAUGUGGAGGAGCCGUGCAAUGUGACAUUCUGUACAGUUGUGGGGGCCCAUUCGCUCGGAGGCACCGAAUCUUACGCAGUAUACAGAAUGAAGAGCAUGGUAAGUCCUACGGGCUCGCCGCUGCCUUGGUAUGACAGCACGGGCACGGGCACAACCGUGCAAUUACUCGAAGCUGUCUCUGACAUACCAUGUAUGCUGCGCGAGACACGUGUGCACACACU